AUGUGCAGAUGUGGUAACAGCAGGAUACCAAUCUUAGAUGCCCCUCUUAAGGAUGAAGAUGUGAGCAUUCAGUAAGUUCUGUUAUAGUUGUUUGUAAAAUAUAUGUACGCUGCCUUUCUGCCAUGGUUGGCAUUUAAACUGGUUUAACAGAUCUCAAACACAGUAGUGUCAUAAAAACUUAAAAAGCAAUAAAAUAAAAUGCAGGCCCCUCAACAGGGGCAGGGAGUUCACAUGAUCAGUUGGUGUUUCCCAUAGCACUUCCGCAUAUGUCAAAGAAAUAUUAAAUGUGUAGUAGCAAUUAUAACCCAUUUAUAUGGUUAAUAAUUGGAGAAUAUUAAGACCACGAAAACGAAAGAGUAGCCUGAUAGAUCAGGCCAAUGGCCCUUCUAGUCCACAGUGGCCAACCAGAUGCAUGUAGGAAACCAGCAAGCAAAAUUCCAGCACAAGAGCACUAUCCCCUCCCACAAUUUCCAGCAACUGGUAUUCAGAAGCAUUGCUGCCUCCAACUGUGAAGGUAGAGUGUAGCCAUCAUAACUAGUAGCUAUUGAUAGCCCUCUCCUCCAUGAAUUUGUCUAAUCCUCUUUUCAAGCCAUUCAAGGUGGCCAUCACUGCCUCCUGCAGAAGCGAGUUCCAUAGUUUGACAAUGUGCUGCAUGAAGAACUUUCUUUCAUCUGUCCUGAAACUUCCAACUUCCAGCUUCAAUGGAUGUCGGCAACUUCUAGUAUUAUGAGAGAGGGAGGAAAACGUCUCACUAUCGGCUUUCUUCAUGUAUUUCUUGCGUAACUUUAUAAACGAGCAGCAAAGUCAGUCCUCAGGGAAUGUGCAGGCGACCUUGGAACGGACAGCUCACGGAAGAACCCCGACCAAACCUAAGAGGAGGCGUGUAGUGGUGAUAGGGGAUUCCCUACUGAGGGGAACAGAAGCAGUGAUCUGUGGGCCUGACAAGAUGUCUCGGGAAGUGUGCUGUCUCCCCGGGGCUAAGAUCCAAGAUGUAACUGAACGACUGCAAGGAAUCAUAAAACCCACUGACAAAUACCCCCUCCUCUUGGUUCAUGUGGGAACCAAUGACACUGCAAGCAAUAGCCUCCAGAAGAUCAAAAGAGACUAUGAGGCUCUGGGCAGGAAAUUGAAGCAAUUAAAUGCACAAAUUGUCAUCUCAUCUGUCCUCCCAGUUGAAAGACGUGGCCCAGGGAGAGAGGGGAAAAUAGUGGAAGUGAACAGCUGGCUUCGCAAAUGGUGUAAACAGGAACGGUUUGGAUUCUUAGAUCACGGACUGCAGUUUCUUGAAAAUGGACUUCUGGCAAGCGAUGGGCUGCACCUCACAACGGUUGGGAGGAAUGUUUUUGCCAAGAAUCUCAGAAACCUCAUCAGGAGGGCUUUAAACUGACUAAUGUGGGGGAGGGAGACAGUGCUCCUGAAGGUAGGAGUCUAUCAAUUGAUGAAGAUGAUCCUCCAAAUGUCAUAGACCAAAUGGAGCAAACAGCACGCAGACCUAGUGGUGGGAGGAAAUAAUCCUUAAAUAAGAGACAUGGGGGAAUGAUUAAUGGACUUCAAUGUCUGUACACUAAUGCGCAAAGCAUGGGAAAUAAACAAGAUGAGCUUGAGCUCUUGGUACAGCAAACUAAAUAUGACAUAAUAGGCAUCACUGAAACCUGGUGGGAUAAGUCCCACGAUUGGAAUGUAAUAAUGCAGGGAUACAAUCUAUUUCAGAGAAACAGACCAGACAAGAAAGGAGGAGGAGUGGCGUUAUAUGACAGGGAUGUGUAUACCUGUGAAGAGAUCCAAGAUUUAGAACCUCAAAGCCAAAGUGAGAGCAUUUGGGUCAAAAUUAAGGGAGAGAAGAAUAACAGUGACCUCAUUGUGGGAGUUUACUAUAGAUCCCCAAGCCAAACGGAGGACAUAGAUGAUGCCUUCCUGGAACAGAUGGCCAAGCAUGCAAAAGGAAGGGAGAUAGUAGAAAUGGGGACUUCAGUUACCCGGAUAUUUGUUGGAUGUCAAACUCAGCCAAGAGCAUAAGGUCAAACAGAUUCCUCACUGGCCUUGCAGACAACUUCAUUGUCCAGAAAGUGGGAGAAGCAACAAGAGGAACAGCCAUUUUAGAUCUGGUCCUAACCAAUGUUGAUGACCUGGUUAGUGGGGUAGAAGUGGAAGGAUCAUUAGGCGCGAGUGAUCAUGCUCUUCUGAAGUUUACUAUACAGCGGAAAGGAGCAGCCAAGCAUACUAGGACUCAAUUUCUUGACUUUAAGAAAGCCGACUUCAUAAAACUUAGGGAAGUGCUGGGUGAGAUCCCAUGGACAGUAAUACUAAAAGGAAAGGGAGUUCAUGAUGGCUGGGAGUUUGUUAAGAGGGAGAUAGUAAAAGCACAACUUCAGGCAAUACCAAUGAGACGGAAACAUGGAAGGUGCCUAAAGAAGCCAGGGUGGCUAUCGAAAGAACUUUUAACUGAGUUAAGAUUAAAAAAGGAUGUGUACAAAAAAUGGAAAAGGGGGGGAACCACCAAAGAGGAAUUCAAACAAAUAGCUAGCACGUGUAGACACAAAGUCAGAAAAGCUAAAGCACAGAAUGAACUCAGGCUUGCUAGAGAGGUUAAAAGCAACAAAAAAGGCUUUUAUGGGUAUGUUCGUAGCAAAAGGAAGAACAAAGAAACAGUGGGGUCACUCAGAGGAGAAGAUGGUGAAAUGCAAACAGGGGACACAGAAAGGGCUCCUCAAUGCCUUCUUUGCCUCAGUCUUCUCCGAUAAAGAAAACAAUGCCCAACCUGAAGAAUUUGGAGCAAAUGAUUCAGCAGAGGAAACACAGCCCAGAAUAACUAAGGAGAUAGUACAAGAAUACUUGGCUAGUUUAGAUGUAUUCAAGUCUCCAGGGCCAGAUGAACUGCAUCCAAGAGUAUUAAAAGAACUGGCAGAUGUGAUCUCAGAACCACUGGCAGUCAUCUUUGAGAAUUCCUGGAGAACAGGCGAAGUCCCGGCAGACUGGAGGAGGGCAAAUGUUGUCCCUAUUUUCAAAAAGGGAAAAGAGAGGACCCAAAUAAUUACCGCCCAGUCAGUCUGACAUCAAUACCAGGGAAGAUUCUGGAGCAGAUCAUUAAGCAAACAGUCUGUGAGCACCUAGAAAGGAAUGCUGUGAUCACCAAUAGUCAGCAUGGAUUUCUGAAAAAUAAGUCGUGUCAGACUAACCUGAUCUCGUUUUGUGACAGAAUUACAAGCCUGGUAGAUGAAGGGAACGCAGUGGAUGUAGCCUACCUUGAUUUCAGCAAGGCAUUUGACAAGGUGCCCCAUGAUAUUCUUGUAAAGAAGCUGGUAAAAUGCGGUCUUGACUAUGCUACCACUCAGUGGAUUUGUAACUGGCUGACUGACCGAACCCAAAGGGUGCUCAUCAAUGGUUCCUCUUCAUCCUGGAGAAGAGUGACUAGUGGGGUGCCACAGGGUUCUGUCUUGGGCCCGGUCUUAUUCAACAUCUUUAUCAACGACUUGGAUGAUGGACUCAAGGGCAUCCUGAUCAAAUUUGCAGAUGACACCAAACUGGGAGGGGUGGCUAACACCCCAGAGGACAGGAUCACACUUCAAAACGACCUUGACAGAUUAGAGAACUGGGCAAAAACAAACAAGAUGAAUUUUAACAGGGAGAAAUGUAAAGUAUUGCACUUGGGCAAAAAAUGAGAGGCACAAAUACAAGAUGGGUGACACCUGGCUUGAGAGCAGUACAUGUGAAAAGGAUCUAGGAGUCUUGGUUGACCACAAACUUGACAUGAGCCAACAGUGUGACGCGGCAGCUAAAAAGCCAAUGCAAUUCUGGGCCUCAUCAAUAGGAGUAUAGCAUCUAGAUCAAGGGAAGUAAUAGUGCCACUGUAUUCUGCUCUGGUCAGACCUCACCUGGAGUACUGUGUCCAGUUCUGGGCACCACAGUUCAAGAAGGACACUGACAAACUGGAACGUGUCCAGAGGAGGGCAACCAAAAUGGUCAAAGGCCUGGAAACGAUGCCUUAUGAGGAAUGGCUAAGGGAGCUGGGCAUGUUUAGCCUGGAGAAGAGGAGGUUAAGGGGUGAUAUGAUAGCCAUGUUCAAAUAUAUAAAAGGAUGUCACAUAGAGGAGGGAGAAAGGUUGUUUUCUGCUGCUCCAGAGAAGCGGACACGGAGCAAUGGAUCCAAACUACAAGAAAGAAGAUUCCACCUAAACAUUAGGAAGAACUUCCUGACAGUAAGAGCUGUUCGACAGUGGAAUUUGAUGCCAAGGAGUGUGGUGGAGUCUCCUUCUUUGGAGGUCUUUAAGCAGAGGCUUGACAACCAUAUGUCAGGAGUUCUCUGAUGGUGUUUCCUGCUUGGCAGGGGGUUGGACUCGAUGGCCCUUGUGGUCUCUUCCAACUCUAUGAUUCUAUGAUUCUAUGAAACUUCUAUCCUAUCACCUCUCACUUGCUUCUUUUUCUAAACUAAGGUUUCCCAAACGCUGCAACCUUUCUUCAUAGGGGAGUCAUUCCAUCCCCAUUCUGAGGGAGGAAAAAAUACAACCUACUGGAAGUUUCACCUUGGAAGUUUGUGAAAGUGUUGUAGGGAAGGCAAGGGUCAUCAAGCACAUAGAUCUUGCUCAGUAUAACAGCUAGGUGAGCUUCACCAUUUGUUCAUGUUGUACAGUGGUGCCCCGCAAGACGAAUGCCUCGCAAGACGGAAAAACCGCUAGACGAAAGGGUUUUCCGUUUUGAAGUUGCUUCGCAGGACGAAUUCCCCUAUGGGCUUGCUUCGCAAGACGAAAAUACCUUGCGAGUCCUGAGAUUUUUUUUUCGCUUUCCCCCCCCCCUUUAUCUAAUCUGCUAAGCCUUUAAUAGCCUUUAAUAGCCUUUAAGCCUUUAAUAGCCGCUAAACAGCUGAUAGCGCUAAUAGCGCUAAUCCAUCAAUGGGCUUGCUUCGCAAGACGAAAAAACCGCUAGACGAAGACUCUUGCGGAACGGAUUAAUUUCGUCUUGCGAGGCACCACUGUACAACAGUUUUUAGGCUGACAGAAACUUUUUUACACAGCUACACAAUGUACUAAGCAGUCAACACUAUGUAUGCUGUGUAAUAUUGCUCAAAUAGACCAUAAAGCUCUAACAAGAAAAAUGUUAUGAGCCCAAAGGCCAGAAUAUUUUAAUUCUAGACACUCUCAUAUUAGAAAAUACCUAGCUAGUUUUAUAAGGAAGGAGUUUACUGCAAACCUGUUUCCCUUACAGCCACUUAUUGAAGGAAGAUGCUGUAAUCACGUGGAAGUUUGCCAAUCACCCCAGGAUACAAGCUUUCCCACUGAAUCAAUGGGGCCUUUGAACAAGUAAUUUUGCAUAGAAUUGUGUAUUUAAGGUGAAAGACCCAUCAAUUUUGACUAUUAAUCCAACAUAUGUUUCCCAAAGAAUAUUUGCCAUAUGAUCUAGCCAGAUGCUAUGACUAAAGAUGUUACUUUCACAGGUGUGUAUUUGGCAUUCUGAAAACGCCCUUCAAAUGCAAGCACAAUCUCUUGGACAACUCUAUCCUCAAUCACCUGGGUUACAGUUGUUCUUUGAGACAGGUAUGUUUGAUGCAACAUCUUCAAAUCAGAACUCUUCUUUUAAGUUUAUGAACAGGUGCUUCAACAACUGUACCCUGUAUUAUUUUCUUCUUGCUGUCUAUCUUGUAUCUAGAUAAUCUGGACAAUAUCCUUUAUGUCCCAGACAGCAACUCCCCAAACCUUAGCAACACGAAAAUUCAUAUCUUACUUUUUGCUGAUGGCACAUUGUUGUCAUCUAAUUUUGGACCUGGUUUUAAAAGGCCAGGUCCAAAUUGCUUACAAACAAAUCAUCUGAACCUAGGAUCAUGGUCAAACAAACCAGUAUCAGGAAAUAAGUAACAAACCACAAUCUCUGAAGAGCAAAGCAAGAGCACCUGAGCUAUAUGCACCAGCAUGCAGCUCAUGAACAGUAUGUUUUAGCUAACUACACAUAAUGGCUUAGUACUGAAUACAAAUGAGGCAAUACUAGGUUUCCCAGGAUAGCGAACAUUUACAUGUCAGCCUAAGUUGGCAGGAGUAUAUAAAAGACAUAGCACCAAAUCAAAUAGUUUGCUUUAGUCAGCUGAAAGGUCAAGAUACCUGGAGGACUGGAUCUCCAGAUUUUUAGAUAGUGGCACUCAAAAUGAGUUGCAGGCUAGAUGAAACAGACUACAGCUUUCAACAAAAGCAAGUCCAUGAUAUUAGCAUAGUAAUAGAUGCUCUUAUGCAAGAUCAUGUAGAAUUCUAGGUCUUCUCAAUAGCCAUUUCUGGGAAAUUCCCAAAGGAACUUCAUCUCUUUUCAUUUGAGGAGAUGCUUAUAGAAGCCUCAAAGUAGGUCAAGAUUAGUUCUGCAUCCUAAAUUCAAACAAUGAACAAAAACUUGCAGAAUGCUAUUCAAGCAUUCUUCUUGGUGGCAGAUGAAGAAAGGGUGAACUGAAUGUUUACACAAAAGAAAUAGGUAACAAUCCUUGUUAGGGGUCUGGAAAAGCACAUUAUUUUAAUAUUUGGUUCACCCCACUCAGUAUCAAGUAGAAUCUGUAUAGCAGACUGUUGCCAAUAUUAUUAUCAACUAAUCAUAAAUGAUAAGAGAUUUUUUUCCCUUGCCCAGGCAACAGCAGUCAGGAAACACAUCAGCUCAACCAGUCUGUCAUAUACAGUGGUACCUUGGUUUUUGAACAGAAUGCGUUCCGGGAGUCUGUUCAACUCCCAGAACCGUUUGAAAACCAAAGCGCAGCUUCCAAUUGGCUACAGGAGUGUCCUGCAGCCAAUCGGAAGCCACGCUGGACGUUCAACUUCUGAAAAUCAUUUGAAAACCAGAACACUCACUUCUGGGUUUUGAUCAUUCUGGAGCCAAGGCGUUCAGCUUCCAAGGUACAACUGUACUAGUAUAUUUAGCAGCAGUAACAACGCAUUGAAAGAGUCUCUUGGUGUUGAUUUCUCUAGAAAUCAUACAGAAACUUGUGGAGGCGGAGCCAGUGGUGUGCUGCACAUAUGCACAGCUACACCCUAUACCGGAAGUGUAUACUCUAAGUGCUACUUUGAACUCAACCACUGGGGAAAAUCAAAAGCUACUACCUCAUUAAGUCCCACCUCAUCAAGCAAGUAGUAGCAGCUGCUGCAAAUGAUGGGCAUGUGAGCUGGUAGCAGUAAACAGAGGGUGGAUAGAGAAGAGGUAACUACAGUAGUGAGAAGAGUGCAGCUGUAACUGCCCAAUUCUUCAACUGGGACCAGCAAACAAGAGGCGACAACCUAUGCCAGAGGUUAUGUGUCCUUAGGACUAGCAGGUAAUACUCAAUUACUACAUAGCGGUUACCAUUUUUCCCAGCAAUUUUUUUGUGCUGCCAUCACAGGGAUGGUGAACCUCUGGCCCUCCGGGUGUUGUUGGAAUACAAUUCCUAUAACACCAACCAUCAACCAUGCUGGCUGGAGCUUCUGAACACAGUGUAGCCUACUAUGUGCAAACAUGCACAGCAUCAGGCUGCAUCCUCCUUAUCAUGGUUCUUAAUCAUUUUUAUUGUCUGAAUCACUAUUAACAUUUAUUAGAUUUCUUUCCCACCCUUCACCAUGAGGUCCCAGGAUGGUUACAGCAAUUUAAAAAUGCAAUAUUAAAAUAAGUUAGAAUAUGGUUAAAUGCUGGGAAUGCAUAGAGUGUGUUCACCCAUUGUUAAAGAUGCACAUUCAAAAUAACUUAAUACUGUUUAACACUUGCACUGUACUUUCAGUUUUCAAAGUGCUUCAAAUGCAUCAUCUAA